CGUUGGCGUGCGUCCGUGCGUGCGUGCGUGCGCGCGCGGGCGCAGAUCGCCAUGGAGGCCUCGGCGGGCGGCGGGGCCGGCGGCGCGGCGGGGCGGCGCUGGUACUUCACCCGCGAGCAGCUGGACCGGAGCCCCUCUCGCCGCGCCGGGCUCGACCCCGACAAGGAGCUCUCGUACCGGCAGCAGGCGGCCAACCUGCUGCAGGACAUGGGGCAGCGUCUCAACGUCUCCCAGCUCACCAUCAACACAGCCAUCGUGUACAUGCACCGCUUCUACAUGGUGCAGUCCUUCACCCAGUUCCACAGGAACUCGGUGGUACCAGCAGCUCUGUUCUUGGCAGCCAAGGUGGAGGAGCAGCCUCGUAAGCUGGAGCACGUAAUCAAGGUAGCACAUGCCUGUCUGCAUCCCCAGGAAACUCCUCUAGACACCAAGAGCGAGGCUUACCUGCAACAAGCCCAAGACCUGGUCAUUCUAGAGAGCAUAAUACUGCAGACCCUGGGUUUUGAGAUCACUAUUGACCACCCCCAUACCCACGUGGUGAAGUGCACACAGCUAGUGCGAGCCAGCAAGGACUUGGCGCAAACUUCCUAUUUCAUGGCUACCAACAGCCUGCACCUGACCACCUUCAGCCUGCAGUACACCCCUCCCGUUGUGGCCUGCGUCUGUAUCCACCUGGCUUGUAAGUGGUCCAACUGGGAGAUCCCAGUCUCCACGGACGGGAAGCACUGGUGGGAAUACGUUGAUGGCACUGUAACUCUGGAGCUCUUAGAUGAACUGACUCAUGAAUUCCUGCAGAUCCUUGAGAAAACUCCCAACCGGCUUAAGCGUAUCCGAAACUGGCGGGCCUCUCAAGCAGCCAAGAAGUCAAAGGCUGAUGACCAUGGUGAAGAUGAGAGCCUGUCAGAGCAGACGAUCCUCAACAUGAUUUCCAGGAAUAAUAGUUCGGACAUGAACAUCGCUGGGUUAAUGAGCAUGUCAACGUCCUCGACCGCCGGAGCAGGGCCUUCUCUGCCAGCCGCGGCAGACUCACCCAGCGACCAGAGCAGUGCGGAUAUGUCCCAGCCUGAGCACUGGCUGUCCCAGCAUCCUCCACCCAAGCUGGAGACUGGCCAGGGUCACAGGACUAAUGAAAGCUCAUCGGCUGCUGAGCAUCCUUUACAGCAAGAUGGCGCUGGUUAUCAGAAGCCAAGCGGCAAGAACGCCCCGUCGGCCAAAGUGUCUCUCAAGGAGUACCGGGCCAAGCAUGCCGAGGAGCUGGCGGCGCAGAAGCGGCAGCUGGAGAACAUGGAGGCAAACGUGCGGUCUCAGUAUGCCUACGCCGCACAGAAUCUUCUGGUCCAGCAGCAGCGGGAGAGGGAAGUCCAGCAGGACAGCAACCCCUCUCCAAUCAUCCUGAAAAUCCCCAUCGGCGGCUCGGAGAACCCCGAGCGCCCUCCCGGCCCUGAAAAGAGUGACAAAGCCUCGGCUUUGAAGCUGAGGAUCCCGGUGGCAGGUGGAGGUGGGGAGAGGCCACUCCCCUCCAAGCAGGAGGAGAUAAAAAUGCGGAUCAAGGUGCCAACUGCUGCAGACAGGCACGGCUCCUCGGACGAGAGCAGCAGCAAGAACCGGGAGCACAAGGAGAAACACAAGGGCCACUCUUCCAACCACCACCACCACCACCACAACCACCACUCUCACAAACACUUACAUACCCAGCUUGGCACCGGCCCCAGCAGCGUGGCGAACAAGCGGCCGGGAGACUCUAAACACAGCAGCCAGCCUAGUGCCGUGCCCCACAAAAGCUACGGUCCCCUCGCCUCUUCCCGCAAGAGGCCCCUGCCAGAGGAGGCGGCAGCCAUGGCCACGGCUGCGGCCCACGAGCACCAACCCAAAGUCAGCAAAGCCUCCAAAGGCCCCGGCAUGCCGUUCCUUUACUCCCACCUCCCCACGGUGGUCCAUCUCCCAGGGCACGGCUCGGAUGUGAGCAACCUCCCCUUAACCCAGGCCAACAAAGCCCGGGGCACCCACAGCAAAUCGGACAAGGGUCCCACGGGGGCCAACGGGCACAACGCCAACCAGGCCAGUGACUACCAGGAUACAGUCAAUAUGCUGCACUCGCUGUUGAGCGCGCAGGGCAUGCAGCCCACCCAGGCCCCUGCCUUUGACUUCCACUCGUACGGCGAGCUCUUGAACCCCCGGGCUUCCACCAGCUCCAGAGCUGCCGCCAACACGGACAAGCCCCGACCGCCCCCCCUGCCCUCAGAACCGCCCCCCCCGCUCCCCCCUCUCCCCAAGUAAAGCCCCUUUUUACUACUGAGUUUGUACAGAGCCCAAGCCCAAACGUGGGCUGCCCCUGCGGGGGCGUGAAAGGGCUUGUUCGAUCUCCACUGCCUCACGAAGAACUAUUUUAUUAUAUUAUAACUUUUAUUAUUGGUAUUUAGAGUGCGGAGUUGUUGAAGCUGUGAAAGGAUAAGAAACCCUUUCUCUGUUCCUUGCUCCCUCCCCCAUCGACUUCCAGUUAGUGGUGGGUUCUGUCCCGGCUAGAACUGGAGCCCCCUCUGGGGAACACACGUUGUCUGUGGAGGAUCCUGGGGGGGACUGGGGGGUAUUUAAAGUAUGUCACAGAAAAUUUAAGACGUUUUACAAAUAAUUUAAGCAGUAACUUAUAUCUUAGUGUUUUGUUCAUUUUAAUUUUGUGGUGCUGCGGGGGACCCCGGUGAGGGUUUGGGGUGGCUUCUUGGUGGUUCCACUUGAGCUAUUGGUGACAGAAAGCGGGUUCAGGAGCUUUUAGGGGAUGGAGAGGGGGGAAGUGGCAUGAGGGGAGGGGCAAGGACCGGAGGCUGCUUGGACUGGGGGGGUGAGGGAAUCCCAACUGCUGUAACUGCAGGGUUAUGGGAGCCGCUCUACCUGCUGUCAGUCUGGUUUCUGUGCUCCAAAAGCUGCUCUGGUUUCAGGAUCCUGUUUCUGUCCCUCACUCUCCUCCUGCAGGUCCUACUGCUUCUGCUGGCAGCCCCGGUGGUGGUGGGGCUUCAGGAGCAGCAUGCGUGCCGAGGGCUGCUGGGGGCUUUCGGUGGUUCAGGGCAGCUAGAGUUGAAUAGGAAGGGUGAGGUGAUGGAUCAAGGGCGCUUGGCCCAGGGCUUACCCCCCACCCUGGCUGCUUUUUGGGGGCAGAGAUUCCGGGGGAGCUGCCCGUGGCUGGCAGGGAGGAGUGCUGCUGAGCAAGGUGCUUGUACGUGGGGUUGGAUUGUGCCUGAGAGCACCGGCUGGGACGGAGCAGCCCCGCGCUGGGAGCUGGCUGGGUCCUGCUGCAGGUGGUGCUGCCGGUGCGUGUAGAGCCAAGUUUAGGCAUGUAACACAUUGGUGGACUCUGUCGGUGGCUGUGCAGGGGUCGAUCAGGAGAGGAGCAGCGUGGCGCGUUCCCAGCAGGGACGUAGGAUGAGACCAUGCAGGAUGGCUGGCUGGAAGGGUUACCGUGCCUGGGGCAGAUCUUACAGGGGAUCCCGCUGGAGCGUGGCUGUUCACAGCUGAGCUGGAGACAGCUUUUACCAUGACAUAAACCCUGCGCCAUGGCAGCCACCUGACUUUUGGUUGAAUGUUUCAGAAAAGCCAAUUUCCUUUGUUCUCAGACUUUGCUUUUCCAACCUUCAAUAAAUGUACUGUCUCCGUA